AUGCCUGCGCAGCAAACCCCCCCGUUCUCGUUCCGGAAAGGCACUAAGAGUUGCACAGAGUGCCGGAGACGGAAGAUCCGAUGUGUUCGGAUCCCAGAGGACUCGUCGACCUGUCGACAAUGCGUAGAGCGUAACACUUCGUGUCUUGCUCAAGUAUCGAAAUCUCGCACACGACAGGCGCAGCGCCUCUCCUCGCGGUACCGGAUCAUGCAGCUCGAGUCCCAGGUCAGUCAGCUGACCAAGACUAUCAACGAUAUACAAGUCAAACUCGGCAGCGAGUCCAUCCUCCAUCUGGAGCAGCAAAUUGAUCAAUCGCCCGUCAGUGAGGGUUCCGAUGACGAAUCCACCAACUCAGAAGGGCUCAUCGCAGAGGAGUCGUCUGACUUUCGCUCGCUUUUCCACAACGAUAUCCUCAGCUCUGAUACUGGCCAGCAGCAUGAGCAGAUAUCAGAACGACGGACCAAGGCAAUGGUUUCCCUAUGCGAACGCGUACGACCGGCGUUACAGCGACUGAUCCCAUCCAAAGACGAGACUGCAGAAAUGCUGGUAGUCACUUUCGAUUGGCUACAGAUGUUGGCUUCGCUGCUGCCACAACCGGCUGCGGCAGACUCGCAUAAUGCAUUGCUUGCAAGAUACGACGAUAUGUGUCGACCAGAUGUUGAUGUUGUUGAACUUGCUUCUUGGCUCUUGACCGUAGCCAUCACGGCUCAGCAGAUACCACAAGAAAGCAGGGACAUGAAGCCACAAUCCAUUGGAUCUAGAAGACGCUUACAUUUCUCAAGGGCUGUAUCGGACGCCAUUGAGACUCUAGUGCUUAGCAACGACCGGCUAGUUGGUAACAUCCAUGGCCUUGGGCUGGGCCUCCAUUUCGUUCGUCUGCUGAUGGGCCGAGGGGACCUUCAAGGGGCCUGGUUGAAACUUCGGCACUUUAUUGCCCUCGGCGAGCUGAUGGCCUUACCAAGGGCAGUUCAAUCAACUGGGUCCAAAACUGCCAACGGGCUCCAAGACGAAGACACCGCAAGGAGGGCACAGGUAUGGGAGCUCAUGUGCACCGUCGACCGCCUGGUGGGUAUGUUUGUCAAUCUCCCCCCUUACACCAGAAGGUCCUCCAACAUGGCCAGCCUCCUUGCUAUCAUGGUGGACGGUGCCGUGCAGACUUCUGUUUACCUCAGUAGGCUCAUGGACAUUGCCGCUGAAGGCCAUGGCCUCGAUGAUCCAAGUGGGAUGCAAGGAUCGAAGCCAAGCUUAUACGUAGCUUCGCUGGAAGUUGCCCAUAAAGCAAGGGCUUUGUUUAGUGAAACGCCCGAAUCUUGGUGGGCCAUCAACAAUGACGACGACCUAAAACCAGAUCACAUCGUCCAGUUUGUUCACCACUGUACAGUCAUGAAAGCAUAUCUCCCCAUUGUUCACCAUCAAGAAAGAAGCCAAGACUACGGAUACAGCCGCCUGGCGUGUAUUGAUGCCUGCGAAAACGUCGCUCAAAUGUAUCAGUUCAUCCGCCGGAAACUUCCAUCAGGUUUCUUCAGUCUCAAUGUGCUCGAUCUCCAAGCCUUCACAGCCGUCAUACUAUUACUCCUCCUGUCUCAUAGCUCUCCUUUCCCCGAAGCACAUAGCUUUCAGAUCAACAAGUCUGGCCUGGAGGCUGUAGUGUCCCAGGUCAUCCUCCUUAUGGAAGAGAAGUCAAACACGGUCCUGGGCUCAGAUUUUGCACGGCGUGGUGCUCAUACAAUUCGCUCCCUGCGCCACCUUCUACAGCAGGAUGAGAGUGCUGGCAGCUCUAUGAACGAAAUGACAGUCAAUGUGCCGCUCAUAGGCAAGAUUCGCGUCCGCCGAAAUGCGCAAACUUCACUCAAUCUCACAGCCCACAGCCAGGAAUCGUCCAUUCAAGAUCCACAGGUUGGUCACUGGAGCCUCGAGGAGCAGGUGACGCCGACUCUGUCUAGUUCACAGUUAAAUGCAGGGACUAGCCCCCAAAACUCUGCCAAUAAUACGUCAUUGGUGCCAGAAUUGCAGUGGGAUCAAUUCCUGUGGUCAGUUGAGGACUCAGGCGAGUCCGCGCUUGAUGAUGCUAUUUUGAGUAAUGGAUUUGACCAAGCUACCAUUUCCCACAAAGCAAAACCCCUUCACGCACACGUUCAGCUACGACAGAACAUUCAACCUCCAAACCGCCUUUCACCCACUUCGCAAAGGGAAAAUCGCAUUGUUUCUAACUCGACGAACAUGGACCUCCUCGACGAGCUGGAAGCUAUGGCCCAAGCUGCAUCAGCAUUUCAAGAAGACGAUAACAUACCUGAAUCCACUAUUGUUCGGUGGCAACAGCAAUUUGGCUACUCAGCUGCCAUGGCAAAGAGAAAGAUCAUGGAGCACCGCAAUGAUCCCUUGCAUUUCACUGUUUCUGACGAUCACUGGACUCUUAUGCGAGAUCGAAUGGAGGCUGAAGGACACGACCGCGAGUCUUAUGAACAUUCUUACAAUCGCACCUCGCAUGCUGCAGUCAACCAGCGUAAAGAGGUGACUAUAGAAGAGAAACGAAGGCUCCGAGAUUCUGUCUUCUUAAUCAAGCUCGAGGGGCCUUUUAGCAAUGUCCAAGCUAUGCUUCAUGCCAGGCUUUAA